GGCCGCGAUCCUGCCGCCGGGCGCCGCCGUGGAAGAGACGCUGAUGGACUCUACCACGGCAACAGCAGAACUCGGCUGGACGGUGCAUCCACCAUCGGGGUGGGAAGAAGUGAGCGGGUACGAUGAGAACAUGAACACGAUCCGGACUUACCAAGUAUGCAAUGUGUUUGAAUCCAGCCAGAAUAACUGGCUGAGGACCAAGUACAUCCGGAGGAGAGGGGCCCAUCGUAUCCACGUGGAGAUGAAAUUUUCUGUAAGGGACUGUAGCAGCAUCCCCAGCGUGCCUGGAUCGUGCAAGGAGACCUUCAACCUCUACUACUACGAGUCCGACUAUGAUGCUGCUACCAAGACGUUCCCCACUUGGAUGGAGAACCCUUGGAUUAAAGUGGACACCAUCGCGGCGGACGAGAGCUUCUCUCAGGUGGACCUGGGGGGCCGGGUGAUGAAGAUCAACACGGAAGUGCGAAGCUUUGGGCCCGUCUCCAAAAAUGGCUUUUACCUGGCCUUCCAGGAUUACGGCGGUUGCAUGUCCUUGAUCGCCGUCCGCGUCUUCUACCGCAAGUGCCCACGGAUCAUCCAAAACGGAGCCAUUUUCCUGGAGACCCUCUCUGGGGCAGAGAGCACCUCGCUAGUCGCAGCUCGGGGCACCUGCAUCCCGAAUGCGGAAGAGGUGGACGUACCUAUCAAGUUGUACUGCAAUGGCGACGGGGAGUGGCUGGUGCCCAUUGGGCGCUGCAUGUGCAAGCCGGGUUACGAGUCGGUGGAGAACGGGACGGUCUGCCGAGGCUGUCCGUCAGGGAUGUUCAAAGCCAAUCAGGGGGACGAGGGCUGUAUCCACUGUCCUAUCAACAGCCGGACCACCACGGAAGGAGCCACCAACUGCGUCUGUCGCAACAGCUACUACCGGGCAGACUCUGAUCCACUGGACAUGCCAUGCACUACGAUCCCAUCCGCCCCGCAGUCCGUCAUCUCCAGUGUGAACGAGACGUCUCUGAUGCUGGAGUGGAGCCCUCCCCGAGACUCUGGCGGCCGCGAGGACCUGGUCUACAACAUCAUAUGCAAGAGCUGUGGGUCGGGCCGGGGGGCGUGUACCCGCUGCGGGGACAACGUGCAGUUUACGCCGCGCCAGCUGGGUCUGACCGAGCCCCGUGUUUACAUCAGCGACCUCCUGGCCCACACGCAGUACACCUUCGAGAUUCAGGCGGUGAAUGGCGUCACGGACCAGAGCCCCUUCUCACCUCAGUUUGCCUCCGUCAACAUCACCACCAACCAGGCGGCUCCUUCGGCCGUUUCCAUCAUGCACCAGGUGAGCCGGACAGUGGACAGCAUCACUCUCUCGUGGUCGCAGCCUGACCAACCCAACGGAGUCAUCCUGGACUAUGAGCUGCAGUACUAUGAGAAGGAGCUUAGUGAGUUCAACGCCACUGCGGUUAAGAGCCCAACAAACACUGUGACGGUACAGAACCUCAAAGCUGGCACCAUUUACGUCUUCCAGGUGCGGGCACGCACGGUGGCAGGUUACGGGCGCUUCAGUGGCAAAAUGUACUUCCAGACCAUGACUGAAGCUGAAUAUCAAACCAGCAUCCAGGAGAAGCUCCCCCUCAUCAUUGGCUCCUCAGCAGCUGGCCUUGUCUUUCUCAUUGCACUGGUGGUCAUCAUCCUUGUCUGUAACAGAAGACGAGGAUUUGAGCGUGCAGACUCCGAGUACACCGACAAGCUGCAGCAUUACACCAGCGGCCACAGUAUGUACCCUCCAGAGUGUGCAGAGCCCCGGGGGGUGAGAUCCGGUGUGAUGCGGUGUGUGACACCUGGCAUGAAAAUAUACAUUGACCCUUUCACCUAUGAAGACCCGAACGAGGCCGUCCGUGAGUUUGCGAAGGAGAUUGACAUCUCGUGUGUCAAAAUUGAGCAAGUGAUCGGUGCAGGGGAGUUUGGCGAGGUGUGCAGUGGCCACCUGAAGCUGCCGGGCAAGAGGGAGAGCUUUGUGGCCAUCAAGACCCUGAAGUCAGGUUACACGGAGAAGCAGCGGCGGGAUUUCCUGAGCGAAGCGAGCAUCAUGGGCCAGUUCGACCACCCCAACGUCAUCCACCUCGAGGGAGUCGUCACAAAGAGCACUCCUGUCAUGAUUGUUACUGAAUUUAUGGAGAACGGCUCGUUAGACUCCUUCCUUCGGCAAAACGAUGGGCAAUUCACCGUGAUCCAACUGGUGGGCAUGCUGAGGGGCAUCGCCGCUGGCAUGAAAUACCUGGCUGAUAUGAACUACGUCCACCGUGACCUGGCGGCGCGGAACAUCCUGGUCAACAGUAACCUAGUCUGCAAGGUCUCGGACUUUGGCCUGUCCCGCUUCCUGGAGGAUGACACCUCAGAUCCAACUUACACCAGUGCUCUGGGUGGAAAGAUACCGAUUCGUUGGACAGCACCCGAAGCCAUCCAGUACCGGAAAUUCACGUCGGCCAGCGAUGUCUGGAGCUACGGCAUAGUCAUGUGGGAGGUGAUGUCCUAUGGGGAGCGGCCUUACUGGGACAUGACCAAUCAAGAUGUCAUAAAUGCCAUUGAGCAAGAUUACCGGUUGCCCCCACCCAUGGACUGUCCCAGCGCCCUCCACCAGCUCAUGUUGGACUGUUGGCAGAAGGACCGCAACCACAGGCCCAAAUUUGGCCAGAUCGUCAACACCUUAGACAAGAUGAUUCGAAACCCAAACAGCCUGAAAGCCAUGGCACCCCUCUCUUCAGGGAUUAACCUUCCUUUAUUGGACCGCACAAUCCCAGAUUAUUCCAGUUUCAACACCGUCGAUGAAUGGCUCGAGGCCAUCAAGAUGGGACAAUAUAAGGAAAGCUUUGCCAACAGUGGCUUCACCAACUUCGACACGGUGUCCCAGAUGACCAUGGAGGACAUCUUGAGAGUGGGAGUCACGUUAGCCGGGCACCAGAAGAAGAUUUUGAACAGUAUCCAGGUGAUGCGGGCACAGAUGAAUCAGAUCCAGUCGGUGGAGGUUUGAGAAACUGUACUGGCGCACGCCUCUCCCUUGAGGGCCCCCGUCCCCAUUUUGUCCCCUGUGUUUCUGAGCACUUGACGGGCCCUUCGGGGUUCUCCUCCAGAGAUGGCGGCCGCAGGGACGGGACGGGCCUCAGGGGGAACUUCGCUAAAGACUUUGAGAAUCCCCCCCCCAAAAAAAAAGAGCAAAAACGAAACGGAAAUGGUGAUGAUGACUUUUUAGAAGGAUGAGUUGGGUUGUUUUAUUUUCAAAAAAAUAAUAAUAAUGAAAUGGAAUAGCCGUUGGCUUCUUUCUGGUGGAUUUGAGACGAACCAGCUGACGAAGCCAAGCGCUGGAGUAGUUUUCUCCCUCUCUUCCAUGCUAGUCCCGUGGCCUUCCGGAGCACGAAGGGGACCAGAGGAUGAUGGUCGCGUGUCAACCUACGUCUCUCUGAACCUCGCAGGGCCGGCCUGCCUUCCUCAUAAAACCCAGCUGCUCUAUAAGACCUGACUGAAGAGAGGACGAGAGUCGGAAAACUUUUCCCAUAGAAUGGGUCGGUCCGUCGGUCGCCUCUUGAGAGCUACUGACUUCAGAGAAGACUGUGGCUUUUUUUAACACUUCCUUCUCUCUGAAGAACUAAGACGCUUUUUCUUUUUUUCCUAUGGAUGAGUAAGAACCUUUGGACCCCCACCCACCCACCCCCUUGGGAAAAUAAAGGGGCUUACUGAGGUCUUGGCUUCUGGGACCGCUCGGAGCGUAGCCCUUCCCAGAAGCUCUGUGCCUGCCGUGGCAACUCCUACAUAUCACAUGCACAAGACGUUCACAGGGCCUCACGGAUUGCCACGGGCCCGUCCGUGGCAGGCGUACCCUCUCUCUCUCCCCUUGUGCCAUGCAGUAUGUUGUAGAUUUGAUGUGCAUCUCCAUUGGGUUGUUGUUGUUUCAUCUUUUUCUACUUUGUUUACAACCGGUUGUUGGGGGGAAGGGAAGUGGAUUCUUUGUGGGACGUAGCUUCUUCUCUUUUAUUUUUUCCUUUUUACAAAAGCAGGAUAACAUUUUUCUCGGUUCUUGUCUCCCAGGGACGGUCUCCUUUCCACCCCCCCACCCAGGCAGCUUCCCGGCAGAGCACUUCCAUGGGGUGCCGACAUUGGUGCACAGCCCGAUCUUUUUUUUUGGCUGGGCUGCUCCUCGGUCCUUCCCCUUAUCCCUUCGCCUGAUUCCACGAGCGGGAACUUUUAACUGUGAAAUCUCUCCCCGAAAAGGAGCGUUGCCCUAAACUGGACAUGGAGUGAGAAAGACGUCAGGGAGUAGAAGAACAGUAUAAUAAAGAUUAGAAGGAUGAACUUGCCUUUCGUAAGAUCAGACAAGACGCAAAGUAGGUGUAGAUGAACCUGCUGUCAUCAGAUAUGGUCUCAGCUCUCAUUUUGGUGUUCUAAGGAAACUGAAAGCAACAGCCUUGAAAUCUAAGCUACAGAGGUCUGUAGACUUGUCGGUGUAAGGCCACACUAAUGCUUUCACCCCUUACAAAACCACACAGAACACCAUUUAAGUGCUUCUCAGCCCACUGGUUGUCCUUGGGUCUAAGACCUACUUUUCAGAUUGAGCUUCAGGCGGACUGUUUGUUUUUCAGCCCAGCCCUGUCCUCUUUGAUCUUCUGAAGGUCAAAUGCAUGACGAGCAUUCUGGAUGGCAUGGAAGCCCACCAUGUCACGCUCAAGGAGGAACACAGGGAAGGCUGUUCGGCCAUUUGGCUUAGCUCAGGGUCUCCAUUUCUAUAGGUGAAGAGGAUGACCAUCAGUGUCAAGAACACUUUCGCAGACAUUUUCACAAAGGUAUCAUUCAGACAUAGAAUAAACUGUGGAUAUUUCUUUGCAAAUGAUUGGCAGAGAGCCUCAGGCUUGUAUGCUCUCCUCCUCCUUUUCUUUCAUGCUGUAAGAAGACAGCUAGAAGCUUCUAUUACAUAUUUUAAGGUAACAGCU